CUCUUUGUUCAAUUCUUGAUCAAACUUGACAAAAAGGUCUCCAAGCAGCAUGAUGAGAAACUGCCGAUCAGUUCAAGAAAGGAAACUGUCCGACUAGUUCAUGAACGGUAGGUCCUCGCCAAUGUCGCGCCCUAAUCCUGCAGCUUAUGUACCACGCCCUACGCCUUUCCAAUCGACGUGUCAGAUUGCGGGUCAUAUGAUAUGACUCACUGGAGUGUCUAUAUACAUUCCGUCAUCCUUACUACCAUUGGUCUUAUUAUCUCCGAGAUUACCCCUCCUUCACAAUGACAACGUCACGCCUUUCCACACCUACACUGUUCACGCCAUCGGAGCUGCAGUCCAAUCCGAGCCUUGCCAAGCAGAUUGUGGAACUAGUGAACAAGGCUUUCACACGCUCGCAUGCCAUUGAUCCCGGAGAAUGGAUUCUCCCAUCGACCCGGUUUGCGAACAUCGAAUCCCUUCACGAAAUGCUCAGUCCUGAGAGCGUAAUGGCGGUCAUAUUUGAGAGCAGCGAUUCUGGUGACAAGAAUGAGGAAAGCGAAGUGAUAAGGAACAGAAAAAUUGUUGUAUGCGCCGCCGCCGUUUCUUGGAAAGGCGGGUGGAUGAAGGAAGGAGCAGGAGUUGAAGAGGGUUGGGAGAUCAAAACAGUUUGCGUCGAUGGGGAUGUAAAAUAUUUGCGUCAAGGGCUCGCACUGCAAUUGUUGGCAUCUCUAGAAAACCACCUGAUCGAGCAAAUGAGGCGACAGCCAUUGGACUGGACGCCUGCAGAGAAGGCAAUCAAAACGAAAGAGUCGACUGGUGUAUUGACGCUAUGGGUCAUGUCAGUUGAAAGUAUGACGGGUCCCUACUGGCGCAAAAGAGGUUAUCAAGAGAUCAGACGAAAAGUUUAUGGCAAGGGCGUUUGGGGGUGUCUAACGAGUUUUGAGAUGGUUGUUCUGCGAAAAUACGUGCCAUUUGAUCUUGUCGCGUAACUUUUGUUCUAUGUUAUUCGUAUCUUGGUGAUAAGGAAACAUUGCUACACUGAUUAAUACAUGCUCAAUCUGUUUAGUUUAUUGUACAUAUCUCCAAGAAAACUGAACCUUCUGUACCUUAG